AUGCAUAUAAAAGUAAUACUAUUUGCUUUAAUAAUCUCCUGCACCUUCUCCAGAUAAAUCAGAUCCAGAAAGUCGAACUUAAUGCAUAUACCCUUGGUCUAAAAAGGUUAAAGAGUUUAAGAUGCGAUCAAAUCAACUCUACAUUCAGACACCAAAAUAUCCUUUGAGUUGAGUCGUGAAGACAAACAACAAAUUAAAAAUUAAAAUACUCUCCUAGACCAUCUAGAUAGAAUUUAAUACGCCUAUUAGAUCACUUAUAUUCCAUUAAGAAAUUCCUACAAUGCUCAAUAUUUUGGUAAAAUUGAGUUGGGCUCACCAGAGUAAACCUUUGAUGUUUUGUUUGAUACAGGCUCAUCAUAUACAUGGGUGGCUUCAAGUGACUGUCAUACUUGCAAAAAAGCAGGAGUGAAAGAAUUUUUUGAUUGCGAGGCUUCGUACAGUUGCAAAUAUCUUUAAAAGAAGAUAAAAUUAUAAUAUGGUACUGGUAAGGCUGAGGCAUAGUUUAUGGUUGAGAAUUUGAAAAUAGGUUCUUUGUUAAUUCGAAAUUAAACUAUGUUAAUUUUGGAUGAAUUAACAGAAUUAAAAAAAUUUGAAGGAGAUGGCUUAGCAGGACUUGGCUUUGAUACUUUGAGUGAUGGAUAUCCAACAUUGAUUGAUAAUUUGUUCAGUCAAAAUUAAAUAGAGAAAAAGGAAUUUUCAAUUUUCCUUACAGACGAACACCUUAAGGAUGAGGAACAAUCGAAAUUAAUUUUAGGUGGGCAACUAGACAGUCUUGGAGAUCAAAGUGAUUAAUGGCAUUACUGUUAUGUGAUAAACAAUAAGUAUUGGGCUAUACAAGGAGAUCAUGUUGCAUUUGUAUCGAAAGAUGGCAAUACAAAGAGAACAUUAAAAUCUAUAUAGCCUGUUCACAAUGCCUAAGAUGAAAAGAGCGAUAUUUUAUAUACAUCUCUUUUCGUUGUAGAUUCAGGAACCUCGCUUAUAGUCUUAUAUGAAAAGGAUCAUUAGAGAUUAGUUGAGUACUUAUAAGAUUUUGGAAUUAAGUGUUUUGACAGUCUGCAAUUCGAAGGAAUAACCUAAUGUGAUCAAGCAGAUGUUGAUGAAUAUCCCAACUUUGAAAGUACGGAUUUUAUGUUUAUUCUAUUAGUAAGUUUAUGUGGCAAAGUAUUUACAAUUACACCUGAUAAAUAUCUUUUAUGUUCAUUUUUCGAAUGCUAUUUGAUGAUUGCACCUUUUGAUCAAAAAGUUUCAAUCUUAGGGGAUCUAUUCAUUAGAGAAUACUACACUCAUUUCAUAUAGGAUGAACCAAGAAAAGUUGGUUUUAUAAAAGCAGUAUAAAAUUGA